UUGGACAUUUGGAGGCAAAAAGCUCAACCGGCCGGCGAGGCGAAAUCGAAACGCCCACCAACCCCCAACAACCGGUCGAGGCCAUGGCGGCGGCGCAGAAGCCGGCGAAGCGGCUCGGCGGCAUGGCAGAGGCGCUCGCCAUCGCCGGCGACCUCGGCUUCCCGGGCCCUCCCGCGCAGGAAGAUCACAACACCUCGGACAAAAGUGAUGACCUGGUGAGGGUAUUAAGGGAGCUGACUGUCGUGCAGCGGAACAUUGCCAAUUUGCAAGUCGAGCUACAAGGCAGAAAGGAUGAUAAAAAUAUUGCUCAUUUGACUCAUGUUAGUGAAAUGGAAAAGAAGUGUGAAUCGUUGACCAGAAUUACUGCUAUUUUGAAAGAUGUUAUUCAAAACAAGGACCGCAUUAUUGCCCGUCUGCAGCAACCUUACUCGCUUGAUUGCAUUCCUGUUGAAGCUGAAUACCAGAAACAAUUCUCGGAGCUACUUCUGAAAGCGGCAAGUGACUAUGGGGCAUUGACAGCAUCAGUUGGAGAUUUCCAGUGGAGCCAAAACUUCAGAGAGUCGCCUGCUGUAUGGGGAGAAAUGCUACGACCGAUACCUGCUGCGCUUGCAUCCUGCACUAGGUUCUUCGAGGCCAUGUCUGCGAUGAGGGAAUCCUUUUCUACUCUUCAAACACUCCGAGUUGGUCCUUCUUCUCUGUCAAUGACCCCAGGUGGCUCCAGUGAUGAUUCAAAGUUCUUGACACCACCUCAGAGGAGAGAGGGCUCGAUGCUCAAUAGCUGGAAGCAAGUGGACAACGUAAACCCUGAAAGUGAUGGGCUCGACAAUAUCAACCAGAGGAGGCUGUCAUGGCCAUCCUCCAUUAACAGGGACCUGUAGAUCACAGCUCACCGAGCUAAUACUCACAUGUUUGCAUUCUGUAUAAAUGGGAUCGCCGAGGCUUGUCUUCAA